AGACUCCAAAGCGCAUGCGCCGCAUUGCAUGUUGUUGUUCCCGGCGGUAAGAUGGCGGCGCUCGGAGACACCUCAGCUCCGGGGGUGAACGGGUUAAUACAGCAAUUCACAGCAAUAACAGGGGCCACAGAGAGCGUUGGGAAACACAUGCUUGAAGCAUGCAACAAUAACCUGGAGAUGGCAGUCACCAUGUUCCUCGAUGGAGGCGGGAUGGCAGAGGAGCCCAGCACCAGCUCCAGUUCAGCAGCGUCGAGCAGCAGAGCGCCCCCUACAGAUGAAGUACGAGCACCCAUUCCUCAGAAGCAGGACAUUUUGGUGGAGCCUGAGCCUUUGUUUGGAGUGCCAAAGCGAAGACGGCCCGCUCGAUCAAUAUUUGACGGUUUCAGAGACUUCCAGACAGAAACAAUCCGUCAGGAACAGGAGCUGCGUAACGGCGGGACGGUGGAUAAGAAACUGAGCACUCUGGCAGACCUUUUCCGUCCUCCCAUUGAGUUAAUGCACAAAGGGAGCUUUGAGACGGCUAAAGACUGUGGACAGCUUGAAAAUAAGUGGCUAAUGAUCAACAUCCAAAACGUUCAGGACUUUGCUUGCCAGUGCCUCAACAGGGACGUGUGGAGCAACGAUGCUGUGAAGAACAUCAUACGAGAACACUUUAUAUUUUGGCAGGUUUAUCAUGAUAGUGAAGAGGGACAGCGGUACAUCCAGUUCUAUAAGCUGAACAAGUUUCCCUACAUUUCUAUUCUUGAUCCACGCACAGGGCAAAAAAUGGUGGAGUGGAACCAGCUGGAUGUAGCGUCGUUUAUGGAGCAGGCGACGGGCUUCCUGGCAGAACACGGGCAGCUCGACGGGCCGCCCUGCGACGCCCCUCCUGCCAAACGGGCUCGAACAGAGAGUCUGAUCGAUGCCAGCGAAGACAGCCAGCUGGAGGCGGCGAUCCGAGCCUCCCUGCAGGAGACCCACUACGACUCCUCCAACGCACCUGAGGCGCCCGACUCCCCCCGGUCGGAGGACGAAUCGGACGCGGAGCCGUUCUCGGACAGCGAGGGACCCAUCUCUGUCGAUGGCUCGGACAGCGAAACGCCCGCACCGCACGAGGAGAAAAGCUCCAGCGGCAAACACACGUCGGCCGCUUCGGUCGCCGCCGCCCAGCAGCGUCUACACCCUGACAGCUCCACGUCCUCCCACAGAAAAUCCCCGUACAAAGAGAACAAUCACAGUCACAAGAAAGAGGAGAGCAAAAAGAACCAUCUGGAGCCCUCGGCUCCUAGUCCGCUUGAAGCAGACUCUGGAGGCAAUCACUGCUCCUCCCAGGCCAAGAGUGCUGAAACUUCCAGCGUCAUCACCACAACCUGUGACGCGGACUGUCCUGACGACAACGGUCCCAAAGCCAGGUUGAUGCUUCGAUACCCAGAUGGACAGAGGGAGCAGAUCUCUCUGUCUUCGAAUGCAAAGCUUUUGGCCCUGGUAAGACAUGUCCAGUCCAAGGGUUACCCUAACGAACGCUUCGAACUGGUCACCAACUUCCCCAGGAGGAAGCUUGCCCACUUGGACUAUGACAUCACAUUGCAGGAGGCGGGGCUUUGUCCACAGGAGACUGUAUUUGUUCAGGAGAGGAACUAGCCAUCCCUGAGGCAUUCACUUUCUGCUUCUGUAUCUCUAAUAGACUUCACCAUUUUUCCACACAUCAACAGCGUUCAGCCCUGGAGGAGCCUCCGCUUGUUGUGACCGGGCUGAUGUUAAAGGAAGAGCGGCUCUGACCGUCUGAACACUGACAUCUCCGCCGACAGUCCGACGCCUUUGUAACGCUCAGCAGUCGGCCAGUAAGGUGUUUCAGAAAUCAGCACUCAGUUUGUUUUCUUUUUAAAGAAUUAGAGCAGAAAACACACGGUUGUCGCCUGUUCGUAAAACCUCAGAUAAAAGAUCACUAAUUGACUGUGGGCCACCAGAGACUUGUACAAAAAUACUUUUACUUCCCAAAAUGUAGAUUAAACGUCAGAGUUUAUUUUCUAGCUUUUCUUUUCUUUUUUUCUGUACAUGAACAAGUAAAGGGAGGUUCCUUCUUCGUUUUUUUUUUUUUCUUUCUCCAUCAUUGUUUCAAAAUGUUGGAUUUUGGAAGGCAGGAGUGCUUGAAGAACAGGUCCAAAAAUUUGCAAGUCAAAUAAAAACGUGUUUUUUAAUACAGAAGGGAAUGACCUGCGCCGUGCAGAGACAUUUAGUCAUAGUCGCCGUUUUCUUUCCUUUUUUUCUUUCUUUUUUUUUUUAUAUGCUCCCAAGAAAAUCUGCUGAUGUUGAAAUAUAACCACCAAAAACCAAGAUAUUCCGCUUGAUCUUUUCUUAAAUAUUUGUGUACUUUAAAUCCAAGCCUAAAAUGUAACUACAUGACAAGAAAAACCUAUAAAAGGUUUUGAUAUUUAACUCCAAGGAACCAAAAAAAUGGCUCAGAUUGAGUUUUAGGGAGACUCUACAAACGCUCUAGUUCUUCUUUUCAGCACUGCUUGGUUUUAAGUUAUUUAUUCAGUUUACCAACGAAGAGAUAGUAGGAAUAACCAAAUGUUUUGAUACUUUCGCCGAAAACGAUUUUCAAAUUUAGACUUCUGAUUUGUCUUAUGAGCCGCUGGUGGUGGUAAUGUGCCUUUAAAUGCAACAAACAACACAUGUGAAGACCACUGAUUAUAGUAAAAAAAAGGGUUUUUAAAUUCUUGAGUAGAUAUCCUGUUUUCUCUUGUUUAUUUUUGUUUAUCUGGUUGACAGUGGAAGAAGUCACUGUUUGGUAAUUUGAAGAUUUAUAUCGUUUAAACUGGAAUCUGAGGUUAAGGUUGAGUUUUCUGUAGAACAAAACUUUUAAUUUCAAAGCUGUAGCAGUUUUUCUCUGUUCAAAAUAGUUUUCCAUAGAGAGCAACCAAGACGAGAAUAUAGCUCAUAUUUUUGUAUUAGACCAAAAACUAAACAAACGUGUUGUCUAGUUGAGGGAAAAAGUCAGGAGACCUUACCCCUGAUGGCUGGUGUUACCUGCCUCAGCUGAAACGACUCCAGUGAGCUGCUUCCUGAUCCCUCUACCACGCUCAUGGCUCAUUGACUCCUGACUUUUCUUAAUUCCCAGUCCCAGGUGGAUUUAUUGAUCAAUUCUGGGUCUUUGUCAUGUUGCAGGGUCCGACUCUGGUUCAUCUUAUAUAUUUUUUAACAGACACCGGUUCCUCUGCUCUGAUGUCCAAAUAACUCAGUUUUACACUCGUCUGCUUAAAUAACAUGAUUCUGAGUCUUUGUCUAUGUUCUCUUUGGUAAAUGUUAAUCAUUCCUUUGUGUGUUUUAGUUAUUUUCUUUAAAAGAGAAAAGUUUUCCUCCCGUCACGCCUCCGAUAAAAUUUUAAUUUCCCGUGAUGA